GGGACGGGUAUUAUAACGACUUUCCCUCCAUCUGAGCAAAUAAAUUAUUUUAAAGGCGAUCUAGAUUAUGAGAAUGUGUAUAAAGUCUUAUUGAGAUCACUUGAGAAAAAUACUUUGUUUAUUAUGUCAACUGAAGAAGCGCGUGCCCUCGUUGAUCAAGCUAUUAAGCUUCAGAAAGAAUAUGCCGCGAUCAAGAUAGCAGUUUAUAAUGCUUUAAGAUUACAACCAAAUGCGUCUGUUGAUGAUAUGCUUAAUGAGGUGCCAAUACUGUGUAUUCAAUAUUUUCACAAUAAUUUUGAUGAACAAGUAGUAAAGGAUAUAAUUGAACUGGUAAAAACAAUUUAUGGAAACUUUCCUGGAGUAAAAUUAAGUGUGAAUCAAAGAAAAUUUCUUUCUUUAUUUUUCGAAAGACUCGAUAAUGAUAAAGUUUGGGAUGUUGUAAGGAAAACUGAAGGGCUGGAGUUUGUACAAUACCCACUUGAAAAGAUAAUCGAGUCACUAGCUUUACUAAACACGCGUUGUAAAUCAACAAAUGGUUUCAAACAUAAGACUAAUGGUAACAAAAAAACUAGACCAAGUCAAGAAAUUAGAUUAAACAUU